AGUCAAAGCAGUCUAUAGUCGGCAGGUAAAUGUUUCGGUUGUGGCAGCGGAAUAAAACACAGUUAAAUCAGGUGUUUCGAACAAGCAGAAACAUGUCGAAAACGAGCAGUGAGCGCGACGUGACCGACGGUAAGGAGAGCACGUCGAUUCAUUCAGACUCCAUCGAGGAGGUCCAUAACGUCCCGGUUCAGGUCCUGAUCAGACCGUUUCCUCCGGUCCUGGACGAGCUGAAGGUCCAGAGUCUCAUGGACACCAUCAAGGAGACGGCAGACAUCAACGUCGUUCCUCCCAUUGACGUGCUCUGGAUCAAAGGCAGAGAAGGAGGAAAUUAUUUCUACUCGUUCGGAGGCUGCCACAGGUUUGCAGCGUUCCAGAGGCUCAGCAUGCCGACAGUCCCGGCUAAAAUCAUCAGGUCAAACAUGGCAGACCUCAGAACCUACCUGGGAGCUUCAACACCUGAUCUGCUCUGAUGUACACUUUAUUUUUUUAUACAUUUAUUGUUUGGUUCAGGAUGCAGACAGAAAAUGAUGGUUCUGGUGGCUGCAGUACACGGGAUCAACCAGCAG